AUGUCCUCGUUUUUCACACUCCCUGCGUCUCAGCGGAAGCGCAAGAGAGAGGACCGAGUGGGAGCUCCGGUAGCUAAAAAGCGAGGUGUUACUGGCAAAGGCGCACCACAGAGCGGUGAUAAGUCCCGGAGACAAGCGGAAAGAGACGAAUCAAUAUCAGGGAGUGAUUCUGAAGGAGAUGAGAGGUCAGAGGUAUCGGCUGGUUCUGAGGACGAAUCGCUCUCUGGGUCAGAGGGGGACGAGACUGCGGCCGAGCGACGAUUGAGAUUGGCAGAGCAAUAUUUGCACAAUGUCAGGGAAGAAGUAGAUGAGGUUGGAUUCGAUGCCGCAGAGAUAGAUCGGGAUUUGAUUGCUGAAAGAUUGAAAGAGGAUGUGGACGAAUCCAAAGGCCGAGCAUAUAGAUUGGUUGCCUCGGCGCUCUCGCUCUCAGCUGCUUCUCAUUCAUAUUUCCGUGUAGACACGAAUACUACCACUGCCAUUGCCCUACACUAUCCAUAUGUCUACACUACAUCAAAGGACAUGACUCUGAUAAAAUGGGAACUGUCCACGCCUCCUCCAACAUCCUCUACGCAGAACGGGAAUACCCAACUAAGCCGACCAUUGCGGAAAAAGCCUAAGAAGUUAAAAUGGGCGAAAGGAUUACGGCCAUCUAGAGAUGGCAGGGAAAGGCAAGGACACGUUAGCGAGAUUCUGACUGUUGCGGUUUCACCAUCUGGUCAAUUCGUUGCUACUGGUGGUGCCGAUAAUCGGUUAAUUAUCUGGGAUGCCAAUACCCUCACUCCAUUGAAAACAUUCACACAACAUCGCGACUCUGUCAGCAGUUUGGCAUUUACCCAACGGAUAUCCUCGUCAAGUUCUGGUGAACAGCUGUUUUCUGCCUCGUAUGACCGAACCAUCAAAACCUGGUCCUUGAGCCCUGACGCCCACGCCUACGUAGAAACGCUUUUCGGCCACCAAGAUCAUGUUUCAGGGGUGGCUUCUAUGAUAACAGACCAAUGUGUCAGCGUUGGUUCUAGAGACCGUACCGCAAGGCUUUGGAAAGUCAUUGAUGAAACACAGCUGGUAUUUCGAGCCGGAGGCAUGUCUAAACUCUCCCAAUACUCCAUAAAUUCAACGGACUGCGUAGCCGCCUUGCCACCAGCCCAUUUCGUCACUGGUUCAGACUCCGGCGCCAUAUCUCUAUGGUCUAUCUACAAGAAAAAACCCCUUCACACAAUUUAUGAAGCCCAUGGCCUAGACCCCCUCCCCCCUCCUGAAAAACUCUCGUCCGAAAUAGACGUUGACGUGCAGGCUGCAAAAACGGCGAAUGUUCGCCAAAGCCCACGCUGGAUAACAGCAUUAGCCACAGUACCGGGCACAGACAUCGUGCUAAGCGGUAGCUGGGACGGGUGGGUUCGUGCCUGGGGAGUCUCUGAAGAUAAGCGUCGUCUUCACCCUCUAGGUUGUGUUGGCGGAAAGGAUGCGCCAAAGGAACUGUCUCUAUCCAACGGCACGUCUAAUGCGCUUUCAGAUGUUACGCCAAUGGACACCAAUGAAGACGACCAAUCUCAUACCGCACCUCCACUUCGGGGUAUCGUGAAUGGAAUAUGUGUUUACGAACGCCGAGGCACUGAUUCUGCGAAACCUGGUCGUCCCCUUUCUACAUCUACAUCGAAGAAGAAAAAGGGGUCCACGGCAAAGUCGCAUGAGACUAACGUGAAGGGCCUGUGUAUAGUAGCCGCACUAGGCAAGGAACAUCGUCUUGGACGUUGGAAGGUAUUUGAUGCCAAUGAUUCGAAGAAUAUUGGAUGUGGUGAGGUAGGGGGAAGGAAUGGCGCUGUCGUAUUUGAAGUGCCUUUUGCCAGUUGA